AAAAGUUAGUUCGAUACUUCCGUGUUUCAUCGUUGUUUCAAAAAGAACGUUUUUUUGUAAAUCCUUUGUGAGUUUUUUCAUAAAUGACAAGAUUUGUCACUGCUGAUCUGUUGCUAUGGUAAUCACGGGAGAUUCAAGCAAACAUGACCGAUGAUCACAACACGGUGACAUCUACCUACAGCAGAUCUAAAACAACGGGUGCCAGUGGCGAUGAGAUCGGCAACAAACUUGACCGCAAGUCUCGACCGGAUUCCACCUACAACGACGCGACGUCCGGUAUCUCCCCGCUGUACUCCCUGGACGACAUAGAUGAUGGGGAUGGGGGCGACGUUUACACUGACUGCGCCUCUGAAGUAGACGUUCUCACUUCUAUUCAUCACCGUGGUAACCAUGACGACCAUGGCAACACUGACGACCAUGGUAAUAUUAGUAAUGCUGCCGGAGAUGAGAAGCCUGUGUACUUUGUCCUCGAAGAUGUUAAGACAACAGGUUUCCAUAGCGACGUCCCUCCAAGAACUUCUUCACAAGCGACUGUAGAGGACAUUGCAAAGGCUUUUGAUUCCAGUUGUGUACCGGACGCAAAGACGAACGUCGCGGAUACAAAUACGUUUGAGAACAACUUCAUUGCCGAUCACGACAUUCCGAAACUCGAGGAUCCGUUUAGUGAUUUUACCGACGUGGAAAAGUGCGAUCCCAUAUACGACGUAGUCCGUUUGUCAGGAGAAGCACCUGCAUCAUCUGGAGGUGGAGCAGGUUCAUCGGAAAGCACUGCAAACAACAAUCAAAUACCCAAUAUGGCAGACACACCGUCAGGAUUUUCAAUAUAUGAAAUAGCUGGCCCAUCGCCUGGCGAUACAUCAUAUCGUCCAGCUAAACGGAUGCCUGAACCAAUAUAUGAAAUAGCGGCCGAGCCAGGCGCUCUCCUUAAAAUAGCCAAACAAACGGUAGCCGACAAGAGUGGGGGCCGACCAGACAAUAUUUACUCACUGGCUUCUGCAGUUCCAGAAGGGAAGGGACAAGGAGGAACUCUGCCGAGCUUCAUGGCUUGUAAGCAGGGCGUAGGCCGUCCUGUGUCGGUCCAGUUUCUAGGUAACCCCGAUGACGUCGUGUCCAAGCUGAAGACACUGCCAACGAGAGCGUCGGAGGACGGGCUGUACGACAGACUCAAGCUGAAACAACAGACGAGAAAGAGGCUGAAGCGGAGGAGUCUGGACUCUGUAAACGCAAGUGAAGGAGGAACUGGCAGAAAAAGUGAGACUGGAGAGUAUAAGAUUUACGAAGAUGUCAACGAUUUGUAUUCGGACGAUGAUGAUGAUGGUUGGGGUUCCUCCGAGUUUGAGGAGUACAGUGACAAUGAGGACCAGUUCAUUGACAAACCUCUUCCUCCAAAACCCAAGAAAGAAGCAAUACAGGUGCCUGGGCUUCUGAACAAAGUCAAUCUGCGAGUCGCCAGUCUGAACCACAAGGAUAAUGGAGAGAACGGCGAUAGCACCCGGUGUUUCCCCGUCACGAUCAACCCGGAUAAGCACCCACCACCGGAGUUACCUCCCCUUCCCGACAACCUGUCGGAAAAUCAAAAAAAGCGCCGGUGCGUGAUAGAUCUAACGAUUGCCAGUGAGAGGUCCUAUAUCGACUCUCUGCACAGAAUUACACAGGACUAUGAGAAGACCGUUCUAUCACAUGUAGCGGGGAUGAAGAGUCACGCUCGGAUCGUGUUCCUCGAGACGCACCAGUUGCUGAGUCACCAUAAGAUGUUCCAGAUAGAACUCUCCGACAAGGUCGCACGCUGGGACGUUGACGAGAAGAUAGGAGACAUUUUCACAGCAUCGUUCUCCCGGUCCAUGCUGGUCGACAGCUACAGUACGUAUGUGAACAGUUUCGCUGCCGCUAUGGAGGAAAUCAAAUCUGUGCAGAGAAUGAAACCGACAUUCAGCGACUUCUUGAGGGCAAAGGAGCAUGAUCACAGUGACAGACUCUCACUGUUCGGUCUGAUGGUCAAGCCCGUCCAGAGGUUUCCACAGUUCAUAAUGCUCCUACAGGACCUGUUGAAGUACACCCCCCGGAACCACCACGACCGCGUGGCGUUACAGCUGGCACUGACGGAACUCGAGAACGUCACCCACCAGCUGAACGAGCGGAAGCGUCGCAGUGAGCAGCAGUUCCUGGCUCACCAGAUCACGAGCCAGGUGAUCCGGCAGAUCAACCAGAUUGCAAACCGCCCAAUGCUCGAACGACCCAAGAGACUCAUACGCCAGGACAACCUCGAACAAGUGGUGGGUGAUGGUGGACAGCUGAAGAUGAAAGACAUCCGUCUUAUUCUCAUGGAUGACACGGUCCUCUGCGCCAAAGUUGGCUUCAAAGAGCAUGCUGGGUAUGUCACCGAGCGCUACAAACUGAAGUGGGUGGUGAAUCUCCAAGAUCUGGAGAUCAAAGACUCGGCGAUAACCUCGGACAUGAAGAGUAUCUUCAGUGGCGGGCCAGAGAAGUUCCACAUGAUGUCCUCACAGAUCAAGAAGCCCCACGAAGACCCGUUCAAUCUGUACGCCGACCUACGCGAUAUGCUUCAUGAUCACAACGUCCUCACGCAGAUCCGAGGACUCGUCGCGACUCUCAAACGACCGUACCAGGGUUUGACCGAAGAACUACUUCAAGAGUUUCUGAGAGAUCUGCAGCAGUUUAUCCGCAUCAAAGACGAACAGUUACAGUUAGUUAACAGCUGCACCAUCAUCCUGAGUGACGUAUCCAAGAAUGAAACUACUCGGUAUGUGUUCCAGACGCAGACACCCAAAAUGAAACACGAUUGGUGUAUGGACUUCCUCAUUGCCAAGCUUGCUCUAGAGAAGCAGAACAACCCAGGGUGGGAUGCGGCCGAUUGUUUCAGCAUGAUGCAGCCCACGUACUUCAUGAAGUGUCUGCCCGUCGAUGUGCCCAGGAACUACACAAAGAUGAAGUGUGUAAUACCUGUGUUCCACUCGAGCGGCCAUCUUGGUGUGCAGUACCUGUGGAUCUGCUCGACGACGCCCACCCGGGGUCAGGUCGCGAUCGUCUCCAUCCACAACAUCAAGCCGAGUCUCGUCGAGUCUUUUAAGGCUGCUGACUCGGCAAUCUCCUGCACGGAACUUGUACUGGGCUACGGGGUGGAGACAGAGGGGACGAUGUUUGCUAACGACUCAGUCUGGCUGGCUACAGAAGACAAGCGUAUGUGGUAUGUGAUGUCCUGCACGGAACUUGUACUGGGCUACGGGGUGGAGACAGAGGGGACGAUGUUUUCUAACGACUCAGUCUGGCUGGCUACAGAAGACAAGCGGAUUCUCGUGUUUCUUCUCAUAAACUCGGACGGGAUGAAGAGGGAGGCGGUCUCGUCGUUCCCUAUGCCGGCUGAAGUGACGCAAAUGAAAUACCUUGACGACAAGGUUUUCUGCGGUCUGAUGGAUGGACGACUGGCGGUCAUUACCAGAGACAACACUGACGCGUCGUGGAAUGUUACAAGUCCAGUUCUAGUCAAUCUGGGGAUAGGACCUGUUGUGUGUCUGCAGUUCGAGGGAGAAGACCUGUGGGCCGCCAUCGGGACAAAUGUCCAUGUCGUGGAUGUCGAGACCUUCAAGGUCAAGCAAACAAUAGUGCUGAGUCCUGACGACAAGCCGAUUGACUGCAUCGUGCGGACGGGCGUGGGUCUGUGGGUGUCGUACAGGAACAGCUCCGUGCUCCAGCUGUACCAUGUGGAGACGCUCGUUAACCUGCAGGAGAUCAACAUCGCAUCAUCCGUGCUGCGGCUUCUGGGAGAAAAGUCAAAAGCGUGUACCUCCGAGCAUCUGGAGAGCUGUAAAUCCUGCACUGUUACCAGUCUGUCGGUGAGCAAGGGGAUCCUGUGGAUCGGAACCAGUCCGGGAUUCAUCCUCACCCUGCCGCUGCCGCGACUUCGCGACGGGGUUCCCCUGGCCAGCGGCCGCCCCAACAUCUCCCUGCACAGCCACCGCGGCCCCGUCAAGUUCCUCCUGCCCAUCUACUACUCCAGCAGCGUCGCCGAGUUCAACCGGAGCAAUUCCCUUUGGUCGUCGCUACGGAAAGGCUCGAAAGUAGGUCACAAGCUGUCGCUCGACGCCCACGCUCGGUCGAAUUACGUCCGGGUUCAGGUGGAUUCGGAGAGCAAGCAAGGCGAAGGAGGAACGGGGGCGGAGGUCAAUCGGUCCGUCAACACAUCGUCCAAAUCGGGGAGCUCAAAAAGUCUGGAAAAGAUGUCGGGGGUUAAGAGGAUUCCCUCGAAGAGCAAGACCCUUUCGUUUCGAAGCGAACUGGUGAAUAAAAUUGCCAUUAGAGCGUCAGCGGGAGUGAACACUGAUUUGAUAGACGACGACGAAAUUAAAGUGUUGUACGAGCAUCUGUUGGAAAGUGAUAACGAAGUGGACGAGGAACUGGACGAAAACAAUGACGGUGACGAUGAAUCUACUUACGAUUCCACCCAGCUGCAGUUGGAUCUCCCGCCGUCGACAGAUCAGACCAAAUCUAAAACUAAAACACGGGUGGACGAUUCUACCCAGUUUGUGUGUCGCUCAUCGCGGACGUUGCCUCGAGGAGUGUCGGCGGUGAAGAGUCACACGAUGCACGGCACGAUGAAGAAGAACACGUGUAACUCUGUCAUCGUAAUGUCCGGCGGUGACGGAUACUGUGACUGGAACAAACCCAGCGCCCUCGCGAAGGUGGAUGAUGCGUCGCUACUGUUGUGGAUUUAUAAAAUAUGAAAGUGCGGCUCAUUUGAAGACACAUGAUGUCAUGUGGCCAAUGUCUCGAAGGUGGAUGAUGCGUCCCUACUGUUGUGGAUUUAUUAAAUAUGAAAGUGUGGCUUAUUUUAAGACCGAGACGUCAUGUGGAUUUAUUAAAUAUGAAAUCAUGGCUCAUUUUAAGACUCGAGACGUCAUGUGGAUUUGUUAAAUAUGAAAGUGUGGCUCAUUUGAAGACUCGAAAUGUCAUGUGGCCAAUGUCUCGAAGGUGGAUGAUGCAUCCCUACUGUUGUGGAUUUAUAAAAUAUGAAAGUGUGGCUCAUUUUAAGACUCGAGACAUCAUGUGGAUUUAUAAAAUAUGAAAUUGUGGCUCAUUUGAAGACACGUCAUGUCAUGCAGCCAAUGUCUUGAAGGUAGAUAAUGCAUUGCUACUGUUGUGGAUUUAAUAAAUAUGAAUGUUUAGCUAAUUUUAAGACUCAAGAUGUCAUGUGGCCAAGUUUGAGGUGAUUCUUUUUAAAAAAAAGAGCUAAAAUAUAUUUUGUUUCAAUCCAAAUCACUUGUAAAAAUAGUCUGAAUCAAUAGGGGGUUUAUUUCAGCCAAUAUUUCUGAUUCCGAUGUGUCGCUACUGCUGUGGCUUUAUAAAAUAAGAAUGUGGGCUCAUUUUAAGAUUCAGGAUGUCAUGUGGCCAAGUUUGAUGCCAUUCUUAAACAAAAGAUAAAACAUAUUUCGAUGUGAUCCAACUAAUUUGUAAAAAUAGCCUGAAUCAUGUUUUUUUUCAGCUAAAAUUUGUGAUUCAAAUAUUUUUUAAUCCCUUUUCUGAUUUAAUGAACAUUUAAAAACUAAACGAAAUAAAAUACAAACCAAUGCAUUUCUAAUUUAACAUGUAUCAGCGCUCAUACUUAUAAAGCUUUAGAGUGUAAACUCAAAUCUUGAAUAAUGUCACAGGUUUGUCAUUUGUAUGGCUUGACGUUAAACACUUAGAGUAUAUUACUGGGGCCUAGCUUGUGAUUUUCAGGUGGUACGCAGACUUUUUCGGUGAUGGAAUAAAACGCAUACACAUACACACAUUUACAUCAAUAAAAAAAUAUAUAUUUGUGAUCUCAGGUGGUACGCAGCUGCGUACCUGCGUAUAUGGAAGCUAGGCCCCUGUAUUAGUCUUGAGUCUAGACUUUAAAAGUUUUAUAAGCAAUGAGCAUGUUGUACGAAACUACAUGUAUUUUUUUCUGACCAGACUAAUAUCCUUUUUCUUUUAGGUCAGGUGAAGUAUUCUUAGAAGAGAAAACACUCGAGUUUUCUCCAUACCUUUAAGGGCUAUAAAAGAAAACCCACAGCAUAAAAAUCAAAUUUACAUUGUUGUAACUUGGUCUUCCAUGUUAGUGCAUUGUAAGUUUUUGUUGUUGAUUUGUUUUAAUAUACUAGUAACAGAAAAAAGCAACAAAAAUGGAGAAUGAAAACUAAUUAUGACCAAACGAGAAAAAGUUGAGUUAAAGUUAGCUAUAUUAGUAGCUAGAUUGUAAACAGUAAACUCAUAGAUUGCUGAAGUCAGUUAUUUUGUUACUUUUCAUAGAUGUAGGAUGUUUGGACAACUGAAGAGUUCUAUUUGCAAAACGUGAUAUAUACAUGUUUACCAAUUUUUAGAUUUUGGAAUUAGCAGUAUACUGAUGUACAAUGCAUCAUUACGACAUUUUUUCAUCAAAACACAAGCUAUAGUCAAUAAACUUUGAACAGGAUGUUAAAACUGCAGGACUCGGACUUAACAACGGCACCAACAGACAUUUCCGUCAUUGAUAUAUAAAUUGCCGUAGUAUACUGACGAUAGAAUAACGCAUCAUUACGAUAUUAAAGUUUCCAUCAAAACACAAGCUAUAAUCUAUAAACCUUGAACAGGAUGGUUAAAACUACAGGACUCGAACUUAAAGAUGGCACCAACAGAAAUUGCCGUCAUUGAGAUAUAAAUUGCCAUAGGUCGGAAGCAUCACCAACGUCACUUUCAUGCCGCCUGAUAAAAAUUACUGCCUUUCAGUCAUGUUGAUUUGCUGCAAAAGUCACUUUUAAAAAAAUGCCACAGGCAGGAUCAAAAUUUCUAUUGAUGGGCGACUUCACCUACAGCAACGUUUUUAAAAUAUUGCUAGAGCUGAAAAAGAAUUAAGUUUGGGCCUUGAACUGUCCUUCUAAAAAUUAUGAACUUGUAAAUGGAUAUAAAGCAUUUUGGGAUAGAACUCUUCAAUUGUUUUUAAAACUUUGUGACUUUUAUCUUAGCCAACGAUCAUAAACCACUACCAUUAGUAUCGACAGAUAGUUGUAUAUAUUGCAAAUGAUAAAAAAUAAUGGUAAAUUUUUUGUUGGUUUUUUGUCUUCUUUUGAUGACAAUACUUUGCUAUGACUACAUGUAACUUUCAGUUAUAUUUAUUAAAUAGUUUCAAAUGUUAUAUACCAUGCAAACAAUGUAUUAAUGAUGAAGUAUGGUAUGUUAUACAUGUAUGUUUACAAUGUAGAUGAAUUAUUCUUAGCAUAUCAGAAAUGAAAAUAGCUAAAUUUUCUCAGUAAGGCUUGAAAAAUGUUAUUUUUGUAGAUAAUUUUAGCAAAUCAUCAUACCCUAGCUAUGCAUAUAUAUUUUACAACUUUUAUUUUUAAAAAGUUACAAAACAUUAAAAAUUAACAACAUGCAUAAAACCUUGUAUGUACUCUAUAUAUAUAUGCGAAAAGUUCAAGCAGACCAAGCUUAAAGUGUGCUGAAAUAUUCAUUUUUUUUACAUCUUAUACACCAUUUUGACAGUAAUAAUGUCAGUUAAACGUUUUUUAUUAAAGACACCACCAGAGCACAUUGAUUAAUUAUAUAUCAGCAAUUGGUAAAUCUCUCGUGUAUUCUUCAGAGAAAAUUGAGUGCACUUUUCCAUUAGUAGCAAGGGAUGUUUUACCUGCACUUUCCCACAGACAGGAUGGCACAUACCACGGCCUUUGAUAUACCAGUCAUAGGACACUGGUUGAGAUCAGGGGUGGGGUUUGCUGAGGUUUUUUUUUUAUCUUGCUACCCAAUCACCUCAGUCAAGCGUUCUAUCGACUGAGCUAAAUCUCUCCCCCCCCCCCCCACCCCCCCCCCCCCCCACCCCACCCCCCACCCCCAUCAUUGUCAGAGUGGGCUAUAGCAUGACAAAUCAAAAUUGACCAAGUUUACCCAGGCUUAUCAAGAAAGUCAUUUCAUUCUGGGUUUUCUCAUAAAUACUGCUUUUCUUUAAUUAGCUCAUAGGGUUUCUACAUUAUGGUAGCCCCACUCCCAUGGCUAGUGAUAUUCACUGUUGAGCUAGUAAAUUAUAAUUACUAUUGCCAUGCCCCGACGGCUAGUGAAAAAAGGUUGUAAAAUGCUGCCUUU